AUGAGAUUCACUUGGUGGACGGUGGCUUACGCCGCUGCCGCGAUCGCGGCACCGCGCCCUCAGGGCCCGCCCGGGACCCCGACCAACUCGACUCCGACGAGCACGACACCGAUGGGAACGCCUCCUCCCAGUGCUGGCGGCGGCGGUGGAGGAGGUAGUGGAAGCAAUGCUUGUGGUCAAGUGCAGCCGAUGGUGAACCAGUUCCUCAUGGCCAACCCGAAAGCUACCCCGAAAGUGCCCGCUCAACUUGCGUUUGAUUGCUUGCAGUCGGUCCCCAACAAGCCCCAACCGGCAAAGGACCUCAUCAAGAGUCUAAAGGCGUACGUCCAAUGGCAGAGCACGCUCUCUUGGCUCAAGAACCCUCCCGCGUCGUACAUGCUGCCUCCCACCGACAUUGAAGGAGGUCUGGACAGGAUCGGCGAGAAGGCCGGGAAUGGCGGGUUCAAGAGCGAGUACGAGUUCCAGCUUGAGAUUUUCCAGUUGUUCGCUUCGGCCCACGACGGUCACUUCGCCUUCCGCGGCGACAUUUUCAAGGGCUUCAGCUUCCGCAACAACCUUGCAGCCGACAUUGUUUCCGUGUCGAGGGAUGGCAUUGAGGUGCCCAAGCUCUACCAUUUGAAGCAACUCGACACCAACGCCUCUGCUCCCGCCAUCAUCAGGAUUAACGGGCGUGAUGCGGCCACCCUCAUUUCUGACUUGAACCUCAAGUUCAGCGGUUACCAGGAUCCCGAUUCCCAAUGGAACUCCGGAUUCAAGUUCUACGCUUCCAAUGAGAGUGCCUUGACUGUCGCUGCAUCAUUGGCCUUCCAGGGUCCCAAGGUCACGAUCACUUAUGAUGACGGCACGGAGCGCUCCGAGGACAGCUUCGCCAUCAUUCGCACUGGUGCCAACUUCACAGGCAUCAACUCGGGUGAGGACUUCUACAAGAAGUUCUGCAACCCCGACAGCCAGCCCAAGGGCAACGGAACGAAGCCGGACGCUCCCAAGACCAGCAGCCCGCCCCCGCCGCCUCAGCCCACGAUUCAGGGCUACCCGUGGCCUGUCGUGCGCGACAGCGGUGCUAACACGACUUCUGGAUACUUCCUCAACGGAACUGGGUACGAUGACGUGGCUGUGCUUGCCGUGUCAUCUUUCGCGCCGCCCGAUGCUAUCGAUUCCGUUGAAUAUCUGACCAACUUCCAAAACACCGUCGCCAAGUUCCUCGAGGAGAGCAAGAAGGCCGGAAAGAAGAAGCUCGUCAUUGAUGUUGCUGCCAACGGUGGGGGUUUCGUUGUCGCUGGCUAUGAACUCUUCGCUCAGCUCUUCCCUGAUGUCAACCGGUUCCAGGCCAACAACCUGCGUCUGUCGGACAGCAUGAGCAUGAUGUCUCGUCUGGCCAAUGCCAUCCCGGCCAACUUUACGCCCUCUAGCCCGGAGGAACAGGGUGCCAUCGACGCCCUGCAGCAGAGCGCGGUCAUCACCAACCUGCUUCCCGGACAGGUCUUCACGCCAGAUGAGCAGGCCUUCACAUCGGUUGACCAGAUCUUGGCACCCGUCUCCCUCAACGGUGACACUUUCACGGCCUACCAAGAAGCCCCGCUGAACCAAACCGACCCCUCAUUCAACCUGACUGGCGUCGGUUCCAAGGCCAACCCGCCCCCUCGCGUCUUCCAGCCGGAGAACGUCUUGCUCUUCACCGACGGCACUUGCGGCUCAACAUGCACGCUCUUCUCCUACCUCAUGAUCCUCCAGAUGGGCAUCAAGACCGCCGUCAUCGGUGGCCGCCCGCAGACAGGCAUCAUGCAGUCCAUCGCCGGUGUCGAGGGCGCCCAGGUCUUCUCGUUUAACGACCUCACCUCGGACGCCAAGGCCAUCGUCGCGCUCACGCCCAAGGACAAGAAGGAAGAAGUCAUGAAGAGCGACGUCGGCGAGCUGGCCCGGGGCUACGCCAUCAAGCGUUCCACGACCCCGAAGAGCGCCGGCGCCGUCAACGGCAAGAACGCCUUCUCCAUGUUCGACGCCCGCACGCCGCUGCAGUUCCUCUGGGAGCCGGCCAACUGCCGCAUCUUCUACACGCGCGAGAUGCUCUCCAAGCCCGAGAAGGCCUGGCAGCGCGCCGUCGACGCGACCUGGGGCAACCCGCAGCAGUUCUGCGUCGCCAACAGCGUGACGCCCGUCACCAAGAACAACACCAUGGAUCCCUUCUUCAGGCAGAGCCAGAACAACACCGGCCUGCCGAGGAGCGCGGCCGCCACGGAGGGCGUGUCUGGUUCUGGGCUCAGGCUCGCGGUCCUGAUUGCGACGUUCACGAUUACCUUGUUGAGCCUAUAG